AUGCAGGGGGUUGUGGGUACUACAGUAGGUGUGAUGUCUAUGCGGGGAGGGGCUCCAAAGGGCAGGGAGGUGGGCCGGGUCAUGGCCUGUUGGUCGGGACUGCGCGAGCGUUCUCCCUGUCGCCAUGACAACGGGGGCAGCUGCAGGUUACCGGAGAAGCGACGGCGUCCCCUCCGGAGGUCCACCCCCAGCGUGCAGGACGGGGACGUGAAGGACUCGCUGAGAGAGCUGUCACACGACGAGAGCUCUUUGUCCUGA